UCGACAAGCGACCGCCGUGGACAAAGCACAUCGCACCGCAUCGCAUCGCAUCGAAUCGAACCGCAGCUGUACUGCUUACUACCAGAUACUACACACAGCUAGCUAGCUAUAUACGCACACUCAGUAUUUUGAAAUCAGCGCGCGAGGGCGUCACACAUAUAGAUAUAGCCAUAUAGCCAUAUAGCCGCCGAUCGACCAGCGGACAACAUAUAGACACAGCGGUGGUUAUUUUUUGUCUUAUUUUAUUGUGACAAUCGCGACAAGUGUUUAAAAAUAGUUGCCCAGCUAAACUCCCCCGCCGACAACUGAAACAGAACAACAACAGCAACAAUAUGGUCGAGACCGUGGUCAAUAUCGAGCGUACAACAACAACAACCACAAAUGGUCCGCCCGGCGGGGCAAACCCGUCCGCCGAUGGCAACUUCUGGGGCGCCAUCCGCCUGAACUUGGACUAUUUCCGCACGAUCCCGGGCAUUCUCAAAGUUGUCCAGUUUGUGCUGGGCAUCAUCUGCAUGGCCCUGGCCUCACCGCCCAUCAGCUCGGCCACCUCGUUCUUCAUGUUCGUGGUGGUGAUCUCGUUCAUCAUCACCAUUCUGCUGAUCGCCGCCUACUUCUUGGGCAUUCGCGAGGCCCUCAACGUGGCCGUCAACUGGAUCUUCUCGGAACUGAUCACCACCGCCGUGCUGACCCUGCUGUACUUCAUCGGAUUCAUUGUCCAGCUGGCCAGGUGGUCGGAUGCCACGGGCAAGGGAGCCGGCUCGUAUACGGCGGCCGGAGUCUUCGGACUGUUCAAUUUCCUGGCCUACGCGGCGGGCACGUACUUCCUGUUCCUCGCCCACAGGUCCGGGGCCACCCACUAAGUCCACCGAGAACUCACUGCUGGAUCUUAGCGUAGAAUUAUUUCUAAAUGUUUACCGAAUAAGUGCAGUUCGCGUACUUGUAACUUCGCCUCUUUUUUUUCUUCGUCAACGUGUUUUUGUUUGUCUUUUUUUGUUAAUUUAUGCGAGGACAUAUCGAGAACAAAUCGGUCAGCUCAAUGGAAAGCAGAGCCUUUCUCGACUUGAUGUGUUCUUAAUGUUAUUUUAAUGCCUAACUAACAGUUAAGUUAAAACCCACCAGCACACGAACACAUCUGCGAAAUGACUUGGGUGGGCGCUCCAAAGAAUCUAAGCAUUUUCAUAAAACACAAUUUCAUUUUCAAAUCUUGGGAUGGCUAGUUACAAUUUUCGGCAAUCUAUUGAACUAUUGUAGGUCUUAUUAGGCUUAACAAUAUUUUAUAUAACUUUUUUUGGUUCGUUAUUGGUAAAAACUUUUAAAAGCUUUACAUUGAUUGAAAAAAGAAAAGAGUUUGACCUUUUAAAAUUAAAAUUAAAUGUGCUAGGAGAAAUGUGGAAAGCGACCCACCUUGGCGAAUAGACACAGGCACCAAAAACAAACCACGCGAUGGAAACGAAACAAAACAAGAGCGCAACAAAGAUUUAAGUUCAAUAAAUUAUUUGUAUUUUCUCAA